AUGAACGCUACUUCCGCCGCUAUGCCCAAGGCCGCGGCUCUCCCCGCUCGUUUACUCCGGACUUCGCGACAAUGCUCCAAACAGAACCCGACGGCCAAUGUUCAAUCCCCCAUCCAGUCUCGCGCUUACCAUGUAUCAUCCCUGUACACCAACGAUAGACGUCAGCGCAGCGGAUUGGACAGUAAAAGGCACCCCGUCUUUGCCUCGACUAGGAUAUUCCAUACUACCGCUCCCUUGGCCGCUAUUCCGGAUCCUUACAAGGUCCUAGGAGUAGACAAGAAUGCAUCUGCCGCCGAUAUCAAGAAAGCGUACUAUGGAAUGGCCAAGAAAUACCAUCCCGAUACCAAUAAAGAACCGAACGCGAAGGAAAAGUUUGCCGAAGCCCAGUCGGCUUACGAGUUACUGUCGGACGCCAAGAAGAGAGAGAACUACGACCGGUUUGGCUCCGCCGCCUUCGAUCAGAACGGCGGAUUCGACCCUAGCGCCGCGGGUGGCAACCCGUUCGCCGGUGCUGGUGGUUUCCACGGAUUUGGCGGAGGUUUCGGAGGUGGAUUUGGGGGUGGAUUCGGCGCCGAUAUCAACUUUGAAGAUCUUUUUGGCGCAUUCACAGGCGGUGCUCGUCGGGCUGGCCGCGGACGGCGUGGUCCGUUCCAGGAGAUACUUGUCGGAGAGGAUAUCGAAGUCCAGACCAACAUCUCCUUCAUGGAAGCUGCAAAGGGCACGUCGCAAGAUAUUGUCAUCACUCCUUUGACGGAGUGUGGUACUUGCAAGGGUGACGGUCUGAAGAAGGGCGCCAAGCGUACACAGUGCCGUCAGUGCAAUGGGUCCGGAACCCGUGUCCACUUCAUGCAGGGUGGUUUCCAGGUGGCCGCUACUUGUGAUGCCUGUGGCGGUGCCGGUCUCAUUGUUCCCCGUGGGUCGGAGUGUGGAACAUGCAACGGCAACGGUGUAGUCCGAGACAAGAAGACCAUUCAGGUCGAUAUCCCUGGCGGUGUGGAGGAUGGUAUGCGGUUGCGGGUCGCAGGUGAAGGAGAUGCCCCGCCUACGGGCACAUCCGCUGCCCCUGGCUCUCGCACUCAGCGAGGCGAUCUCUACGUGUCGAUUCGCGUCUCUCCUGAUCAUCGGUUCAGCCGCUCUGGAUCCGAUAUCCUCUACACAGCCUCGAUCCCCCUGACCACGGCGCUUCUGGGUGGUGAGGUUACCGUGCCUACCUUGGACGGUGAAGUCAAGAUCAAGGUUGCCACUGGCACCGGCACCGGCGACCGGAUCACCCUGUCGGGUAUGGGAAUGAAGAAGCUCAGUGGUCGUUCUCGCGGCUUCAAUCCUACCGGUGACCUGAAGGUCGAGUUCAAGGUUGCCAUGCCGAAAUCGCUCACGGCCAACCAGCGGACGAUCCUCGAGGUACUUGCCGAUGAGAUGAAUGAUAAGACUGCCCGUCGGGUCAUGGACGUUGGAAAGGACAGCUCCCCAUCCGGGACCGAAUCCACGUCCGGAGACCAGAAGAAUGAAGGCUUCCUCAAGUCUGCAUGGCACAAGCUCAUGAGCCAUAAGAAGUCCGCCGAAUCAGAGAAUUCAAGUGGAGAGUCUAGCAAGAAAGACUCCGGCGAGAGUGACAAAAGUGACGAGAAGAAACCCUCGAGCUGA